AUGCUGGCCGCCGAGUAUGGCAGCAUCUGCAUGGCCUCAGGCUGGCUGGCUGACUGCGCACACAAGGCCAAGGGCGCGUCCGACACCGCGCUGGAAGAGCACGACGGGGAUCUGCACGACAUGCUGGGAUGCGCGGAGCGCCUGCGCGCCUCCCUGGACGGCACGCGGGGCAUGCUGGGCGGCGAGAUGCUGCUGUCCAUCGCAGGCAGGCGGUACCCCAACAGCCCGCCCCGGCCGCAUGCUGACAAGCUGUUCAAGGCCGGGGUCACGCUGUGCGAUGAGGAGGACUUUUUUUCAGCGGCAUACACCAACAGCGAGGCCAAGCGCCCCCUGGAAGAGGCAAAGGCGGCGGCGGGGCGCUGCGGCUCCUCCGCCCUGAGGCAGCAGGCGGACGAGCUGCAGGCCUCGCUGUUCCUGCAGAAGUGCACCUGCGACUCGGUGCAGGCCUGCCACCAGGGCAGGCAGCUGCUGGACCAGGCCCUGGAGGGCGCCGAGGAGCUGGACAUGGGGGCGGUGCACCUGGCGGCGGACCUCUUCAAGCAGGCCGCGGUGCUGACCAAGGAGGUGGAUCUGGAGAAUGAGGCCAUCGCGCUGAGCGCGCUGGGCCGCCUGUACGACAAGGUGCUGUCGGACCGUUCUCGAGCCAAGGUCUGCUUCGUGCGCUCGAUGCACCUAGCCAACUCCCUGUCGCCGCGCUCCUUCCAAGGCGAGGAGUGGUUUGUGGCGUGCAGCGAGGCGCUGCAGCGCUACCAGCGCGAGGCGGUGGCGCAGGAGGAGGCGGCGCUGGCUGCGGAACGCCAGCCGUACCUCGAGGAGCUGGGCAGCGUGCUGGAGGAGCUCAAGGCCAAGGCAACCGCCGCCCACACGCUGCUGGUUCACAUCUAUACCGCGCACCCGCCCGCCAACCCGGAGCACAAGCUGGAGGAGACCCCCAAUGCGGACAACAGCAAGCGCCUGCUCAAGCAGGCCAUCCUGCACUACCACCCCGACAAGGCGAUGCAGGAGAGGUGCACCCGCAAGGAGGUGGUGCUGAGGGAGGAGAUUGUGAAGGCGCUGAACAGCAAGUACGAGUUCUUCAAGUAG